AUGAGUACAGUUAACGAAACCUCUAAAAAUAAUAACAAGGUGGAAGUUGAUGGGAUAUCCGUAUCAGUUACCGAUGAUGAAGACGAAGAUUUACUAGAGUACGACGACAAUUCUAUUGAAGAGGAAGUUUCUGAACCUACUCAUAAUAAUAAGGAUAAUAAUGAUAGUAGCAAUAUAAAUGAGGCUCGUGCAAUUGCAGAAACUUUACUGAAAAAAAAACUUCCCAAGAUCAUAGUAUAUUUUGAAGAUGAUACCUUUCUUCUUUUCGAUUACGAUUUAUCACAAGAUAAUGAUGACCUAACUGUUUCUGAUAACACGUUCCCCAUCAUCUGUGAUAAUCCAAGGUUUUUUAACACAAGUUGUACUGAAUUUAUGGCAUCUGUACGUAGAUUUUUGGAAAAAUACUAUAAUGGAGUGUUAUUCAAUAGCAAAGAAAUCCUGAUGGAUAUACCAGCUUUAGAUCUUACUCUUUGUGAGGAUAAUUUGUACAAUAAUCAAAUAUCAUUCAAUGAUAUUGAAACUAUAUUUAGAAUUCUGAAAGAGAGAUCAAUAGCGAAUUCUGAACUACGUGUCCCAGCUUAUAUGGAAAUUCGAAUUCAAACAAGACCUCGAUUUGUGUCUCGUUAUAAUGCCUUGGUGGAACUGACUGAAGGUGCUGCAACUUUACAAAACAUUAAACCUUUCAGUAAUAAUGAAGAUGAUCCUUUGAUACUGGACGAUAAUGAACUAUCUGCAGUUAAUCAAGGAGAAAAAAUAGUAAUGGAUCUUGAUGAAGAUGAUGAAGAUGGAAUGGCUAAAAAUCAACAAAGUAAUGCUAUGGAUGAGCCAAACCAUGCUGAUGAUUCUGAUAAUAGUUCAGAUGAAUUGUUAGAGAUAAUGACAGAUGAAGAAGGAGACAGUGAAAUGUCUUGA